AUGGCCAAUGGUCUCCCGGGCCAUUUGCACGAGUUUUACCGCCCUGUCAAAGAUGCUCCUUGGCUCGGAGGCGACCAUGAGUAUUCAUGGUUGAAUGAAGCAUGGCCCUACUCCUAUAAUGCGCUGAUUCCAUUGGCGUGGACAACCGACAAUGCGCGGCUGAAACACCAUGUCCUGCAGGUCACGGAUUGGGUCGUUGAGCACCAACACGCAGACGGCUGGCUGGGCCCGGAGGAGGACCUGCCGCGUCGGAAUUUCUGGGCGAGAUAUCCCCUCUUCUUGGGCUUCAUGCAGCUGGUGGACGCAGAGCCCGAGCUGGGCCAGACCAUGAUACUGCCGGCAAUGCACCGCUUCGUUCGGCUCAUGUAUUCCAUGCUGCAGGACCACCACCAGGGCUACGUCUGGAAACCGGGUGAUCUGUUCGACGAACAAUGGGGUCGCUCUCGUGCGGCAGACAUGGUGCUGGCCCUGCAGUGGCUUUACGAGAAAUACCCCAUGGGCAACGAAAAGGCUAUCCAUUACUGCAUGGUUCAAAUGUACGAGAUGGCUUAUGACUGGUCAUAUUGGUUCCACGAAGAUCAUUUCUUGAAAGGCGAUCUAGAUACUUACCCGGAAGAUGUCAUCAAGAGCCUGUUCCCCUAUAUCCACGGUGUCAACGCUGGUCAAGGGCUGAAAUGGGGGGGUGUGAUGAGACGACUCGUCCAAGAUGACGCCCUUAUCAACACCACCAGGAACGGGGUCAACUGGACUUUUCGCUACCACGGAACUCCAUCUGGUGCCAUCAUUGGGGAUGAGCGUGAGGCGGGGCUGAGCCCGACCCGAGGUACUGAGCUUUGCAGCGUGGUGGAAUCGAUUUUCUCUUUGAGCUAUUUGUAUCAGGCGAUGGGAGACCGCGACUUCGCAGACAAGUCAGAGUUGGCUGCUUACAAUGCUUUGCCUGUCAUGUUGAUGCCCCACUGGUGGGCUCAUCAAUACGUCGCACAAACCAACCAACCCGUCAGUCAUCAACUUGACGACUCCCCGUUUUGGAAUGUUGGUCCCUUGGGCCAGACUUUUGGAACGGAACCAAACUACCCGUGCUGCACUGUCAACAUGCAGGGAUAUUCAAAGUUUGUUCCAGCCAUGUUUGUGAUGGACGGCGAAGACGGGUUGGUCCAUGCUCUGCUAGGCCCGGCUCAUGUCCGCACCACGCUGAAGAGGCGGCAUGAGGUACAGAUUCGGUGCGAUACAAACUACCCGUUCAGCAACUACCUUUCCUAUGAGAUCAAGGCGACAAAGGCUUUUCGGUUUUCCUUCAGGGUCCCUUCUUGGGCUAUGCUAGAUGCAAGCAUUGUGGUGGUCGACCGGGGAAAACGGCACCCCCUCGCACCGAACAAUGCCACAGGCCUGCAUACGAUGGUUGUAUCAGCGGGAAGGACCCGUGUCGAGGUUUCGUUCAGCGCAAAGCUUCGAGUCGAAUCUAGAGCCAACGACACCGUUUCCGUCUAUCACGGUGCUCUGCUCUAUGCGCUGCUAAUCGCUGGAGACUACACUGCCUCGCGUCCGGCCAACUACCCCGGAAUGGAGGCCCCUCCCGAGGCAAAUGACUGGUCGAUCCUCCCAAGAGAUUAUUGGAAUCUGGCCAUAGACGCCACGACUCUGAAGUUCUAUGAAUAUCCCAAUCGAUACGAUGCUUGGCUUCCACAUCCGAUCUGGCACGAGGAGCGGCCGCCUGUCAGCAUCUCGGCCUUAGCCUGCCAGAUCGAGUGGGAGCUUCAAGACGGGUAUGCACCAAAUCCGCCAUUGGCUGGUCAGCGGAAUUGCACCGGAAGGGCCUUUCCGGUCGAACUGCGCCCCUACGGCAGUGCGAAGCUGCACAUGGCCGAACUGCCCGUCGUGAACUUACGGCCAGGGAGUCCAGAUUUGUGGCAGCCAGGUCUAGAUAUUUGA